CUUCGCCCGCCGCCAUUUCAGUAGUGGAGGAGAUCGAGUGUGGUGUGUGCUAAUGGUUAAGCAGGGGGCAACUGUAAAAUAAAACUACGAAUCCGGGUUUUAUUAGCUCAACAUCGAAAGGCAUCGUAUUUAAAAAACAGCUUGUAUUUGCCCUUUUCUUCUCCGGGUGCAGUUUUCCCAUUUGUUUUCCGAAAAGCAACGUGUAAAACUUGACUGCGCCAAAAUGUCGACUGAAACGCCAACUGAAAAGCCAGCCCAGGCCGAGAUCAACGGGAAGCCCACCCACGAGAGCCGGAAGGAGAGGCCGCAGAAGCGGGGCGGCGGCAGUCGCUUUGAGCCCUAUGGGAGUUCCAAGCGAUACCGGGUGUUCGUCAGCAACAUCCCCUUUGACGUGAAGUGGCAGGCGCUGAAGGACCUCAUGAAGGAGAAAGUGGGUGAGGUAACAUACGUGGAACACUUAAUGGACGCAGAAGGCAAGUCGAGGGGCUGUGCUGUUGUUGAGUUCAGGACUGAAGAGCUAAUGAAGAAAGCUGUGGAGAAGGUGAAUAAGCACGUUCUGAAUGGACGCCCCCUAAAAGUCAAAGAGGAUGUGGAUGGGGAGUUCGCUCGUCGUGCUGCACAGAGAGCUGGAGGUGGCCCACCUCCUGGUGGCAUGGGGAUGGGAAUGGGCCCAGGACCUGGUGGUCCGUCGAUGGUCAAUAUCCCCCCCAGCCUCAUGAAUAACCCAAACAUUCCCAGCGAGAUCAUCCAUGGGCUACAGGCUGGCAAAAUAGGAAGCACAGUCUUUGUCGCUAAUCUUGACUACAAGGUUGGCUGGAAGAAGCUGAAAGAGGUCUUUGGAAUGGCUGGGAAUGUUAUACGCGCUGAUAUCCUGGAGGACAAGGAUGGAAAAAGCCGUGGAAUGGGAACAAUCUCUUUUGAGUUGCCCAUUGAGGCUGUCCAAGCUGUGUCAAUGUUCAAUGGACAGCUCCUAUUCAACCGAGUCAUGCACGUCAAACUGGAUGAGAAGUCUUUGCCGAAGGGUGACUUCCCACCACCAGAGAGACCACCACAGCUUCCCCGUGGCCUGAGUGGUAUUGGGCUGGGACUGGGACCAGGUGGCCAGCCCAUCGAUGCCAACCAGCUCAACAGAGGAGGUGGGGGAGGAAUGGGAAACAUGGGCCCAGGAGGAAUGGAUGGGAUGGGCUAUGGCAACGUGGGCAGAAUGGGUGGAAUGGAUAACUUUGGGGGGGGUAUGAGUAGCAUGGACCGCUAUGGACCUUCUGGAAUGGGGAGGAUGAGCGAGAUGGAACGUGGCUUAGGAGGUGGCUAUGAUCGGGAGUUUGGCAGGAGUGAGAUGGGAAUGUCACGCAGUGGUUUUGGAGACUCCUUCGAAAGGGGAAUGGGUAAUUCUAUGGGUAUGGACCGCAUGAGCUCUAAUCUGGACCGCAUGGGCUCUGGAAUGGACCGCAUGCCAGGGAUGGACCGGGUCGGGAUGGGAAUGGACAGGAUGGACCGUGUCUCUGACAUGGACAGGCUGGGUUCUGGCUAUGACCGGAUGGGCUCCGGGCUUGACCGGCUCGGUCCCAGUAUGGAUCGGUUGGGAUCGGGCCUAGACCGUAUGAGCUCCCAGGUGGACCGCCUUGGCCCCGCCGGGUACGACCGUCUGGGCCCGUCCAAUUUAGAUCGGAUGGGCUCCGGCAUGGAUUUCAUGACCCCAAUGGGCAUGGAUAGGAUGAGCUCAGGCCUGGACAGGAUGGGUUCCAGCUAUGAUCGUCUCGGGUCCACGGGCCUUGAUCGUUUCCCCAGCUCUGGGCUCGACCGCAUGGGCUCGAGCCUGGAUCGGAUGGGCUCUGGUGGAGUGGGAGCCCAGUUCGAUAGACCUGCGGAUCUGGAACGCGGAGGCUUUGGGGCCCCUUUUGGUGGAGCCGGUGGAGGAGGCCCUGGCUCUGGCAUGAAUGCCAGGAAGGGCUGCCAGAUCUUUGUCAGAAAUCUUCCCUUUGAUUUCACCUGGAAGAUGCUGAAAGACACCUUCAACUCCUGUGGUCAUGUGCAAUAUGCCGACAUUAAAAUGGAAAACGGCAAGUCAAAGGGAUGUGGCGUGGUGCGAUUUGAGAAUCCAGAGACCGCAGAGAGAGCCUGUCGCACGAUGAAUGGCUACAGGCUGAAUGGGAGAGAGAUCGAUGUCAGGAUUGACAGGAACGCAUAAUCUCUGCUCCACAUGUGGAGUACUUAGUCUGUUCCCUUCUAGCUCUCUGUAAAAUGAGGUGGCGUGAGAGUAAGAAUUAUGUAUCUCAUUUUGAUUUUAGCGACCAAACUUUUUUUUUAAUUUCACUGCCUUAUGUUGAAUUUUGAUAAUUAAAUUCCAAUAUAUAAAACC